AUGGAGGGACCACCUGCAGAGGAACUCAGGCAAUUCGAGGCGGUGAAUUCUGCUCGCCACGGAUAUUUCCAAGAAGAGCCAGAUGAGACUCUUGAUUGUUGUGGUGCGGGGGACGUUUGGAUGGUGAAGAUCCCAAAGUACUUACUCGAGCACUGGUCUACAAUCGACCAAGAGGACGUUGAGCUCGCUACUAUCCGUGUAUACACUGAAGCAAAAUCUUCGAGGGGUAGACCACUCGCAAUGCUCAGUGUCUCGCCGACCGAGGACAACCCUGCGUGCGACGAAUUUGAGUUGGAGAUGACUACUCUGGCCGUGCAAAAUCAGAUUGUAAUUGCAGAACUCGAGAAAGACACUCGGAGUCCCGCGCGAAUAACGAAAUUGAUAGGCGCUGUGAAGCGUGAAUGCAGCUUACGACCGGUCCUUUCGGACAAAUAUAGGCAACGUCUGAAGCAGCGGAUCAGGGCAGCGAAUGCGCGGUCGCGGCAGAUAAAGCUGCUCGAGGAUGUGCAUCCCGGCGGACGUGGCGCAGUCAACAUGCUCGCGAGCGGCGCAGCCCACCAGGCACCAUUUAAUUUUGUCCCGCCAAAGCCGAAACCAGCAAAGGGCCAGUUCGAGCGCAUGACGCGUAUGCCCCGCAAUCAGCUGCUGGAUGAGUUGUUCGACGCGUUCUCAGAGCGUGAACACUGGUCCAUGAAGUGGCUACGAGAGCGAACUCAGCAGCCUGAGACGUACCUGAGAGAAGUACUCAGCGAGAUAGCGUUCAUACAUCGCAGCGGCGAGCACAACGGCAGCUGGGAGCUACUGCAGAAUUUCAAGGGAGAAGGGACCGGAUCAGAGGGUGUUCCACGUCCGAGCUAUAUCUCUGCAAUUGGUGCCGAUAUUCCCGCAGUGGAAGUAGAAGACUGUGACGAAGAUGAUUUCGAUGAUUUCGACGAAGAUGAGGAUGAUCUGGAGGAGAUCGUAUGA